AUGAAGGUGAUUGUAGGGAUCCAGAUGCAGGAUGUGAGAAGUCAGUUACUGGCAACGGCGAUAUCAGGGAAGGGAACGAACCUGCCCCGUGGACUGCGAGCUGACGUAUGUGAAGCCCUUCACAAAGUGCCAAGCAAUAAAUAUUUAGCCGUUAGCUGCACAGCUCUGAUCCCCCAUCUAGUUUUGUCUCCAUCGCGCGCUGGCUUAGUCGAAGACCCCGUUGUGUCCACCCCUGUGGUGCAGCGUGGGUGUGCGAGUCCCUCUCCUCUCCUCUCCCGUCUGCAGAUCCGAGUCGUCAGCAACAAGAUGAUCCGUGUCACCCAGGUGGAAAACGAGGAGAAGCUGAGAGAGCUGGAGGAAUUCAACAUGUGGAACUUCGUCUUCUCCUUCUUCAAAGAGAAGCUGAACGACACCUACAUCCCCGUGGAUCUCUACAGCGAGAAAACCUGCCUGAAAAUAGAGUUGCCGGAGUCAAACACCAACUACAGCGUCGUCCUCCUCCGGUGGUUUGACCCCAAGCUCUGCCUGGUUUCCUUCCUGGGCCUGCUCCUGUUUUUCUCCGGGGAUUUACUGAGCAGGAGUCAGCUCUUCCACUACUCAGCUGGGAUAAGCAUCGGGAUGCUGGCCUCGCUGCUGAUCCUCAUCUACGUGAUGGCCAAGGUGAUGCCCAAGAAAAGUCCCAUCUACUUCAUCCUAGUGGGAGGCUGGUCCUUCUCCCUCUACCUCAUCCAGCUGGUCUUCAGAAACUUACAAGAGAUCUGCAAGUCCUACUGGCAAUAUCUCCUGGGCUACAUGCUGCUGGUGGGCUUCGCUAGCUUCGCCGUGUGCUACCGGUACGGCCCGCUGGAGAACGAACGUAACAUCAACCUGUUGACGUGGAGCCUGCAGCUUCUGGGCCUGCUGCUCAUGUACUUGGGCAUCCAAAUCCGGCCCAUCGCCCUGGCGCUGAUCGCCAUUGCCGUCUGCACCAAGAACCUGGAGUACCCCGUCCAGUGGCUCUACGCCACUUACAGGAAGGUGCAGAAAGCCACAGCGAAGCCGAGCCCCCCUCGCCUGCUGACCGAGGAGGAGUACCGGCUCCAGGGGGAGGUGGAGACGCGCAGGGCCCUGGAAGAGCUGCGCGGAUACUGUAGCAGCCCAGAGUUCUCCGCCUGGACUGUGGUUUCCCGCAUCCAGUCUCCGAAGAGGUUUGCCGACUUUGUGGGCGGCGCCUCCCACCUCACCCCGAACGAGGUCUCCGUCCACGAGCAGGAGUACAGCCUGGGGGGCUCGUUUGUGGAGGACCAGCUCUUUGAGGAAGACGAAGACGACUCCUUUGAAGGGGAGGGUCGCGCAGACUUCUCCGUGUCCCGGAACCACCUGGGCUUCGAGUGAGGGAGCCGUGCGGACGGAUUUGGCGGUGGAGCUGCGGCAGCGCCCUGCCGGCGUGGGGUACAAUCGCUGCUCUCCGAGCGCCCCCGUGAGCGCACGUGUGUGUGUGUGUAAAACCCAGUCUGUCCGUGCGAGUGCACCAGAGCCAGCCAGGCUGGCAGCGCCUCCUGCUGGAGCCAGUGACACGGGCAGUCGGCAUUGAACUCCACCCAUCUGACCUGGAAGCGCUUUGCCCUCAGCUGGCACCAGACCGGGUCCCUCUCCCGGCUGCACGGCACUUGUCCCCUUCCCGGCUUUCCGCAGCCAAAGGAUGUGUGGGGCGGGGAAGAGGUGUUCUGGGGGCACUUCCCUUCUGGGGAAUCCACACGUCGCUUUGCAACCUGCCAGCGGAGCUUCCCCCAGCCCUGUGGGGGCAGAGAGGAAUAGGGGCUGCUUGUCUGUUGGACUGGGAAAGCCCCUGCCCCCCGGCCGUCCUGAACACGGGCAGGGGCUCUGUGGGGCUGGAGGGUUCUGCACAGGCCUGUGUCUGUAGGGCACUGGUACUGUCGUACCGGUGAAUGGCCCCCGUCUCCUCCUGCUGGCAGCGCUCUGGGCCUUGUCCAGCCCCAGAGACCAUUUCGUUCUCCUGCUCCCCUGGGGCUCAGCUGCGCAGGAGGGGGGCAGCCCCCAAGUGAUGGCAGAAGAGCAGCUGCCACGCCCAGUGCCUGCAAGAGCGCUCUGCCCGUAGCAGGGUGGCUUUCCUGGGGCGCAGGGGUCCCCUCCCUCGGGUGCUGAGCUGAGCCCAGCCCCUUUUCUCUGGGCAUCCUGCCCCCAGCAGGAAAAAUAACCCCACUUUCCAGAGCCCACUUCCCACGGCUCCUGGACUGCUGCCCCCUGCGGGCUGUCGGCGGGCUGCGCCUGGCUGCUCUGAGAUCCGGGGCGUUAGCCGGUUUGCAGGCACAGGCUGGCGUGGGGGUGCGUGGGAAGAGGGCUGCCUGUGGGCACAGUAACUUGAUCUCUUCCUCCUCCCACUGGGAGCCGGGUUUGUUUGCACAAGAGGAGAACUUUGGACCUGCAGCUGACAGGUGCGUGCCGGGCAGCUGACUUCCUGUUCCCCUGCUAGGAAAUGCUGCCAGCUCCCCCCCAUCAGUAAUGGGUUUGGGGGGGGGCAGGAACGGCUUCCUAACACCAAAGAAACCAGAGGCCUCCGAGCGGUCUCUUAGGCCCAGCACCCUUGAGCGUCUCCCUGUGGACAUGAGGAAAACCCGGCUUCAGGAUUUGUGUGUCUGAAUGUUUCCUGCUCACCUGCUUUGUUUGUGGUUCACUUACUUACGUCCACAGCCAGAGCCCCUUUAACUGCAUAGUGCCCGAGCGGCUGCCCCCGUCUACCCCGUCAGCAUCAGUCGCGGGGCUCCCUAAGCCCCUGUUCUAGGCCCGGCCGUUACAGCUUCUCUGCCUAGGGAGUCCUGUGCUAAUGCAGUGCACGGCGAGGUGUCCGUGUCCCCCCCAACCUCUGGUUCGGCUCCACGUCCCCUCUACCCUGUCAACAAGCGGCUGGGUGGCCUGGCGCGUCCCCAGCCCUCCACCUGCCUUCGCUGCUUCCAUCUUUGCUGCUCCCUGAAGGAGUCCCGUCCCCUGAGCCGGGGUGCUGGAGCACUGCCCUGCCGGCUGCUAGCCCGCGUUUCCAGCGUGCAGGGGGGAGCCCAGGGGUGCUUGGCUGCACUGGGAACUCAGGCCUGAGGAGCAGGGAGCUGAGGGAGAGGCUGGCUAUGGGGAUUAGCACCACUGUCUCCGGAUCCGGCUGUGUGGAGCCUAGAGACCGGCUAAACCAGGGCUGAGCUAAAUGGUCAAAGCAACUAGUGAUGGAGGCGGGGGGUCCAACCUGCCCCCCUCAAAGGAGUCAGAAUCCCAGACUUUUUUUUUGCAAAUCAGGCCCCUUUAAGUCGCCUCCAGCUGGCCCCCAACAUCCCCCCUGAACCCCGAAAGGCUGAUUUGUGCCUUAGCGCUGAGCCGGUGCAGAAAGCAGCCGAGGUGUGAAGCCGCCGGGCAGAGCUGUCCUGUCUCAGCUGAUGUGGUUCGUUUCGUGACAAUGGCCCCGUGCGGGGCUUGUGACUAUGCAAAGUGUCUGGGCGUGAGCCAGAGCGAAAAUGGACGGGCCCAGGCCGGGGGGGAACUGGCUGUGUACAGGAGCGCCGGGCACAGUGCCCAGGGCUCAGGGAACCCUUUGGAGCCUGUGGCGCCGGCGGGAGUGGGCAAGGCUGGCUGCUCGCCUGCCGUAGGUGAAGUAGGCUGCGAAUGGCCCAGCCCGUCCACCACUUCUAGCUCUGAACUCGGAGCAAACUCUGUCCCAGCCUCUUCCUCCAUCACGGGCAGCGUGUGGGCCUGGCUGGCGCGGCCUGUGGGCCUGGCUGGCGCGGCCUGGGUGACAGGCCUUAAGCACAAAUGUGGGGCGAUGCUCCUCCUUCUCUAUGCAACUGUCUGAGCAAUAACUGCCCUUGAGUGGCUUCUCUGGGGAAAGUGCUCCCCGCAGGGCCCCGAUCCCGCUCGCUCCCCAUGAAGUAAUGUCGGAGCAGCCGGCUUUCGUCCUUCAUUGGCGUGCCAGGCGCAGCUGCAAAAUAAUUGGGCUGGGGGGGGGGGCAUCCGUCUGUGCAAUGCGAUCGGCGGUCUUGGCACUGCCUAUAAGCUGCGGAGCUGCCGGAGGUUAUAGACGCGGCGGGUAAUUCCCAGUUUAGUUUUAAAUAUUUCUUUUUGGUGCUGUGCCCGUCUUCAGUGUUAUCCGCCGCAAGCGGCCCUGCCGCCCAGAGGUUAUUUUUCUCGCUGUUGUUCAUGCAGGUUCAGAUUUUUAAUAAAGUUUGUUUUUGUA